AUGGGGUGUGUCUCAUCCGCGAGCGUGACACCAUUAGACACUGCUGAGGGCCAAUUCUUCCAGCACUACAAGCUUGGUAAGAAGUUGGGCGAGGGAGCCUUCGGGCAGGUUCGCCUGACCACCAGGAUGGACUCUGGGGAAAUGUAUGCUGUGAAGAUCAUGGACGUGCGUAGCUCCAGGGAUGUUGAGAGGCUGGAUCAAGACAUCCUCAGGGAGGCGAAGAACGAGGCGCGGCUUUUGAAGGAAGUCUCUGGACACCCAAAUGUGGUCGCCCUGCAUGAGACUUACUUGGAGUCACCUGGGCUGUUCUACAUGAUCAUGGAGAGGUGUUAUGGAUCUUUGAUGGACAGCCUUUGUGACAUGCCAAAGCUCACAGAGAUUUGGCUACGUCGCAUGUUUCGGCAGAUGCUGCUGGGAAUCGGAGCUUGUCACAACGCCGGAAUCGUGCACAGAGAUAUCAAGUUGGACAACUUUCUCUACGGCGGAAUGUUUCAGGAUAUCAUCAAGCUGUCAGAUAUGGGCCUCGCUGUAAAGCUCCCCAGAAGUGGCUAUGUGAAAGGUGUCUCUGGCACUGCACCGUACAUGUCUCCAGAGAUGCUGGCCAGAAAGAAAUACAAUACACAGACAGAUGUUUGGUCCUUUGCCUCGACGGUGUAUGUGAUCCUUUAUGGCGAUGUACCCUACUCGCCAUCCCAGCCUACAGCUGCAUCUGUGAAGAAGGCGAUCGUGAAUGCCUUUCCGCCGCCCGCGUGGAUGCGGAAUGCCAAGUUGGCCAAACACUACCAGCAACCUUCGUCAGGGGCAGAAACCUUCUGCCGGUACUUGCUGGUCAGAGAUCCGCAGAAGCGUCCAAGCAUCAAUGAUGCCCUCAACCAUCCCUUUGUCGAGGAGAAUCUCUCAGAGGGCCCGAUGGAGGACAUGGAUGAGGAUGAGCAGAGCGUGGUCAUCGAAACGGCUGGCGAGCGGGUGCGGACCAUCACUGACAUGUGCCGCAGCUGA